UGGCAACUCUUAUCAUCUACAGCUGAUAAUUUGGUAAUAAUUCCAUAUUUACGUUUAUCCAUAAUAAAAAAACAUUAUUAAAUAAAAGCCGCAAAAAUGAUGCGCUAUGAGGAAAAUGAAAAACUGGCCGAUACAACAGCUUGUGCCGGUGUCCGGGCUGAUUUGAAAAUGUGCCUCUUGGAAAGCGAUUGCUGCAAAAAGGACAAGAAGACACCGCGUGAAUGCCUACAGGCCAAUUUAGUUCCAGAAGAGUGUCAAAUGCUUCGUAAUACAUUUUUCGAAUGCAAACGAUCAUUGCUUGACAAUCGAAUGCGUUUCCGAGGACACAAAGGUUACUGAUGCGGGGUUCCUGCACACAUUUUUAAGUUAUUGGUAUAAUUUCUAUGUAGUUUAAUAAAUAUAAAAGUUGUUUCACAAAAAGGAA